AUGGGUAGAUUACCGGUUGGGGUGCAACAUAUUAGACCACAAGGGCCACAAUUGCAACGCCCUACACCGCUACAUCAAGUGCGUCCUCAAAAUACGCAACCUCAAUUUCAACGGCCGAUUCAACAACAACCGCCGCCAAUGCAUCAAUACCAAUAUCCACCACCAUUUGCACCUCAAGGGCCUAUGCAAGGGCAAAUGGGUCAACCAAGAGCACCAUUGGGUGCCCCUCGAAGACAUCAUCGGGAGGUUGUUCGGGGAAUUGAAGCUCACUUCCGGCAUAUUAUCACUAACAAUUCUUCGCCGGUUGUAAUUCCUCAUCAUGCGGAUGGAAGAAUUUUUGAAGUUAGAACAACCGCCCUCCAAAGUCUACCAAAGUUUAAGUGGUUAGCAACGGAAGAACCGUAUUUUCAUUUGGAGACAUACGACUUUAUUUGCAAGACCAUUGGAGGUCAAGGGAUCUCUUCAGAUGAUGUCAAGUUGGUUCUCUUCCAAUUUUCAUUGGAAAACAAGGCAAAGAGAUGGUUUCACACUUUACCCUCCGCAUCGAUUUUUACAUGGGCCGAUAUGCAACAGAUUUUCUUAGACGAGUUUUACACUUCCCAAAAGACUAAUGAUGCAAGGAGAGGUUUGAGAAGCUUCCAACAACAAUCGGGGGAGAUGUUUCAUGAAGCGUUUGAAAGUACAAACUUCGAAAAAGAUGAUUGGGCAUUUUUAGAACAAAUGGCGGUGACUUCCAAAAGGAAGGCCCAAUCCUCAAGACGGGCAAGGCAUGUGAUACAAAGGCCACAAGUGCAUGGAGUAGAGACUGGAAACAUGCAAACUACGAAUCAAGUGUACAAUGUGUGCACUAAUUGCAAUGAGAUAGGCCACACGACGGAAGUUUGUGUAGUAGGGGUGGUUGAUGAGCAAGUAGAAGAACUGAAUGCUAUUCAAGGGGGUGGUUGA